AUGUCCAUUUUUUGAUACAUUGACGAUUGGUAUGUUUGUCUUUCCGCGUUAUGUACUAGCGAUUUGUAUUCGUGAUGUGUUACAUUUCCGCAAAUCAACGUGACAUCAGUAUCGCGCGGAUUUUCGAUUACAUCGACCAGUUUUUCAUGUCACACGUGUAGUUUUUCGUGUCACACAUUGUGUUGAUUUAAACUUGAUCUAUUUCGAUAAUGAAACGAGAGAAGAUAAAUAAUUUCGGGAGAACAGCGUUGAGAAACACACCUUUUUGAUAGAGAACUCGGAGGAAGAUUAGAGGGUAGACUUUGUCUUUCGCAGGAAGACGAGGAAGUUUAUGGAUUUUUGUUGCUGCUAAAUAUAGCAUUUGACAUAGCGUUGGUGUGUCGCAAUGUAAGUUUACAGCAAAAGAAAAUGUGGAUAUUAAGUCAUCUAUAAAAAUGUAUAUAAAAGAUAAAUAAGACAUGCAAGUAUGUGUUGGCUUGAUUAUCUAUGAUGUAUAAAAUGAGAUUCAAUAAGCAAGAAUUAUUAACACUGGCUACACAGCCUUCACAGAAAUUUGAGAAAGAAGGCAUUCUAUAUGUCAGAGAACGGCAAGAAGGUUUCUUUCGCAGAACUGAAAUACCUCGUGCAAUUUCCAGGUACAUGUAAAAAACUUGAGAACAAAAAUCAGAGAGGAAGAUCACAUAAGAGUCUACGAAACCUCAAUUGCGUUACAGCUGGCGCGAGCAAAGUAAGUCUCGAACGAUGGUGCAGACUGCGAGGAAAUCUUUUGUUCUAUUUCAAAUCACGAGAGCAGUGGUCAGAGCCGCUUGGAGUUAUCAUACUGGAGCAGUGCACGGUCCGCGUGGAUCCACCUAGCAACCACGUGCCCUACGGAUUUAGCAUAGUUUUCGACGGAGGCUUGUUUCAACAGUUAGGCGCGAACACGGCCGAGGAACGGGACAGUUGGUUGCAGGCGCUACAGCUGGCUAGCUACGAGUGCAUGCGGAGCCAAUUGUUGUCGUUGCGGCAGCGCAUCGAGGCCUUCAGCGGGCACAAACACGAUACCGACAUCCAUAUGCUGCGAGUGCAACGUGGAAUACUCACAGAUCCAGCCGAAGUACCAAUGUGCGAGAUAUCCUUAGCCUGCGACAAUCUGUUAUGCGACGGUCACGGACGCCCACCUACUCCCGUUUUAGAAAUAGAUGUACAGUUAAAAUCUUCUAAAAGUUGGAUUAAAUAUGCUAAAACAGAAGUCGUGGAGCGAAGUAGUAAUCCAAGUUUUCUAACUACGGUGAGCUUUCGAGCUAGCGAUGGCUUGACUACUGAAACGAAAAUUAGGAUAACCGCGUACGACGUUAGGGAAAAAGUUAGCCAAACCGCAACUCCAAUAGGAAGUGCGACAGUGACGUUUAACACAGUACAAGACACUCCAAGAUUAAGGAUACCGUUAAAAUCAACCAAAUCAACAACAGUAGGAUUUUUAACGAUUAAUGUAUGGAAUCUGGAAGCCGAGGAUAAAGGAAAUAGUACAGAGAGUACGCCAUCACGAAACAUAGUAUAUAGCAGUAACAACCAACAAUUGCCCUCGCACAGACGCUCGCAAUCUCUACCUCCGAGAUUAGGGACAAAAAUCAAGUUCCCACAUCAAGGCCAGUUAAAACUUCUCUUUGCAAACCCGUUUAUACAAACUUACAGAUUUCAUUCCGGAUUAGGUGGCGAUAUAUGCGUACAUGAAAUUAUGGCGGAAAGCAAGCUUUGUUUCGAGUUUCCUCAACAUUUAUUAGGUAUCUGGAUACAAGAAGAAAAAGAGUUGUUACAAGAGGUAGCUGGAAUGGGAGAACUGAGAGAACCGUGGCAUACAAAACAAAUCGAAUUAUUGGAUCGCCAUCUUCACUUGUUACAUUUGUAUUCUCAAGCCAAAGAAAACUUAGCUGCUUAUAAAGUUUUAGGAAGCUACUUUAAACAGUCAUCACGAAAGAAUGACCGCACACUUGAAUUCGCACCUCUAAACUUGCAUCUUCAAAGAAUGUGGGUUCACAAUGAUACACUAAACAAAUGCGGCUUUUACGAUUUUAUUAGUGUAGGAGCAUUCACUGCUCACUCUCAUAAAAGUAAAAACGGUGGACUGAUUAGAUUAGUGCAGGCGCUGAAAGAAUCGCCUAUGCGGAGUAAUCAGUUAUAUCAAGGAACAUCAAAAAUUACAAUGGCGCAUGACGCGAUUCAAGCUAUCAAGCAAUUACGUCGGGACGUUGUAGAAGCAAUGAGAUCCUUAAUGAAACUUGCUAAAGAAAAGCAGACAAGCGGUAUGCUGCCGAUAUGCGAGGAUAUGAUCACGAAAACUCGAAUUUUGCUUAGUCUUUGGGAUCCUGGUUUAGUGGAAGAAGCGCUGACGUUUUUGGAAGAGUAUAAGGUUGCCAAAGUUCAAGAAGACUCCACUUCGACCUCGGAAGACAUUUUAACACUAGAUUUUAAAGCCAAUCAAUCCUUAUCUCCGUUUAAACGAAUCACGCAACAGCUAAAUUUCGAUUUGAAGAGCCCUGACUUCGACGAUUUCGUUACGCCUGAUACUCCCGAAUGCGUGCAAGAUAUCUGGUCAAAGAGUGGCAUAAAGAAUGGCGAGUACACUUCUUUAUCUUACUCGAGAAACGACACUCCCAACAGUAAUACAGGCAAGAAUGAUGCGGAAGAGAAUUUUGUAAUAUUUCCAGAAGUGGAGGACGAUUUAAAACAGACAGAAGUCGGAACAAACGACAACAAAAUUCAACAGAGUCACAACAACGAAAAGAAAGAGAACUACGAUGAUGAAAAGGAAGACUUAAAGAAUGAUUCUGACCCGUGCAAACGGUUUUUGGAUACCCAGAAGAUGUGCAAUUCGCCGUCUGCGAAUUAUUAUAAACCUACAGACGAGCCAGAGCCGUGGGAUCUUACUCAGUUGAAUAUCGAAGCAAGCGUCAUGUGCUUGGUAUCGAAAGUGAAGUUUCUCUGCGGUAGAUGUAGUAGUCCAGCUGUACGUUUACGCAAUAAGAGCUUAGGCAGAACGCAAAGUCUCAAGAGUGGUUGUCUGCCGAGUAAUCGGCACAAUGCCGAAGUUGUCACCAUUCAGCCGAAGAACGGUAUCAAAUGCGAAGAAUCGAACAAAUUGCUAGACGAAUCAAAUGAACGACAGCAGUUCAAUCCGGGAUUAGAGGGAGAAUUAGAGAAACCGGCGUAUUCCAAGGCGAAGGAAGGGAUAACCGAUAUUUAUUGUAACUCGUCUUCCAAUGAAGUGUGCCAAGCGGUCGAUUCUAUGACUCGCGUGAUUAAAAGUAAUUCGGGACAGAGGAACAAGUUCACCGAAGGUUUGGACUUUGCGUCAAUUGUCGACUGGACGUGUGAGCUCAGACCGAGUAUGAAGAAGCUGCGGCAAGCUAUGGACGGACUGCUGAAGACUGCUAGACUGACACAUUCGGUGUUCCGUGUGCAAGAAGAUUCUAAAACAGCACAGCGCGUGUGCAAUGUCCGAUAUAGACGAGAUGUUUGUUUCAGUCAAGCGCUGACUGCUUUAGUAACCGGUUUAAUGGCAAAAUUGUGGUGCCAACGACCUGAUCCGAUGUUUCUGUUGAUACUCACAACAUUGGGACCAUUAGUCUCUUUUGAAGGCCUCCUUAGUUAUUACGGAGAUGAGAUAGACAUGUGGGGUGACAUGGCUGUAGCGGUCGAAGAUACGCACACUGUCACUUUUACUUUAUCCAGAUGCGGCAUUCAACCCAGAGUAGAAGGAAAGUCCAAUGCCUUUCAGUUUCCUAUGCCGCGUGUAGUAGGAUCACGGAGCGCGUUGACGGUAAUACUUCCAGUUCCAGAUGCAAUUUAUUCUCUUUUGCCAUUAGUGCCCUCCUCCAGACAAACGGUGUCGUUUAAUGUUACUCCGGUAUUUUUCAACGUUGGUAUCAAUGAAAUGGCUUCCCUGGCCGAAAGCCUCGGCACUACGAAACCUCAGGAAAAAAGUAACAUGGACAACUUUGAUAGACUGAACGAAUAUUAUUUGAGAUUUAAGAAGCUGAAUUUACCAACAGAACCUACGUCCACACGUUUCGCCACAAGAUCAAUUCUAGGUCACACAUUAUCGGACAUGAUGGCUAACUUAAAAACAUGCGUACAAGAAAAGGUCAACAAAAACGUAGAAAUCUUACAAUUAUCUUCUCAGAUAUGCAGAAGAAUGCGUGGUUUGAGAUUCACCAGUUGUAAGAGCGCGAAAGAUCGGACGGGUAUGUCAAUUACUCUCGAACAGGUAAAUAUACUAACGUCAGAGUAUCAUUUGGCCGAGCACGAAUACAUGAGAGCUCUCGACUGCAUGCGAAGCGAGGGCUGUCGUCGGGAGAACACGUGGAAGAACAUCGGUGUACGCAAGUACGCGUUCAACAGCUUGCAGAUCUUAACACUGCCCAAACAUUACCGACCUCCUACUGGCACGUACGGAUCUGCUCAAACUUAAAAAGCCCGAUUUAGUACGCACAUUACACAAACUUACAUUUGACUUUCUGGCUGUGUGACCGCGGAUUGACUUCCGUUAUUUGUGCUAAAUAAUUUAGCACUUGUUACGUAGCAUGUAUUAGAAGCGUCGAAUGCGUUUUAGACAACGUGAUUUCUUUACUUUAGAAUAUCUAUUGAAAGCACACAACCAGGCACAAGACUGGCACGUGUUGGCAUAAGAAAUCCAAUUAGGACCGUAGCACUAGGAUAGUGAAAAAAAACGAUGUUUUUCGGUCUAUUUAAUUUCUUUUUUAUUGACAUUUUUUGGCAGAUUUAAUUAAAUUGUUGAAUGUAUAUAAACAAAAUUACAGAUUUUAUUUUAUAAUCUAACUAAAAUCUAACUAAACUAUGCUCCUCUAACUAUAUAUUGUAGCAUGUAAGUACGAAUUAAGUGUAGUGCCGCGAAGGGGCAUAAGCAUAUAAAUUAUUUAUACAAUAUAUGUAUAUUACACACACAUUUUGAGAUUGGAGCUGGUAUUACAGGCUGAAUCGGAUUAAAACAGAAACGUCCUUACUUAUUUCUUGGAUGAGAAUUUUCCGUCGCUACUACUAAACUACUCUUGCAUUCCGUCUCUUUUUGUUACGCACGGUUUUUAGUUAUAAUCCGAGCCUUCACUCCAACUCGAGAUUAUUAGCGGGUUUUUGCAAUACCGUAAUACAAAUAUGUAUCAUAAAUGUUAUCUUGUGGUACAAAUAUAUUCCGUAAAAAAAAAUCAUAAGUCAAGAUUUUAUCUCGAAUUUACGUUGUACGCGAUUUUCGGUGUUUAUCAUAUUUAAAAAGUACGGAAUUGCAAAAGAUCUCUAUUAUUAUAUAAUCGAAUUAUUAUUAAUCGAAUUUAUUGCGGUCGUUGUACCGAUCAUUUGCCUUUAUGGGAAUAAGUAGCUCGAUGCCAUUUUCUGCCAUCCCAGACAGCACUUAAAUCUGAAAGACACGUCAUAAAAGAUGGCUAAAAUAAUUUAUACAUCUUUUAGAUAGCUUUAAAUUAAAAUCUCUUCCGGAUUUUUGUGCUGUCUGGCACAUUACUCACGAAAUAGCCAACAUUUAGCUUUAGCAGCGUUUGAAGAGAAAUUAUGAGAUUUCGUAAACAUUAUUUGAGAAUGAAUAGCUGUAUUUAAAGAAAAAACGUUAUUCUCGCGCAUAUUUGUAUAUGUGGAAAUUUGAGAAUGUUAUAUUCAACAUUUUAUCGUACAAAAGACCUUUCUUCGAUACGGACACACGUAGUUCUUAUACUUUCAUCAUCCCGAUUUAAUAACACACGUGUUACUAAUAUAUAACUAUAGGCGUAACUAUAGGCGAUAGAUUGCAAUCGGAUGGACAUUGUUUUCAAUAAAUUAUUAAUUUUAUUCGAUAA